GGUAAAUAAAUGAAAAAUAGGGAAUUUGUGUGGGCUUAACUUUACGUCUUGUCACUACACACACCAAACACUAGGUAAAUGAUAAAAAGCGGCGCAAAAACAAGAAAUAAAGGUGAAAUAAACUGAUAAUGGACGUAUUAAGCCAAUCCCCCGAGUUUAAAAUGAGCAAACAAAAUGAAAACGGCCUGGAACCUGCAGCCCCCAUCACAAGGAAAGGCAUCUUAAUGUCUUUUAAGACUGGCAAGUCUAUGAACAUUCCCGAAACUGACCUUUUGGGUCGGUGUAGAUUUGUUUCCGAGUUUGAGAAGCUCAACAGGAUAGGUGAAGGCACCUAUGGUAUUGUUUACAGAGCAAAAGAUACAAAGAAUGAUAAAAUUGUUGCCUUGAAAAAAGUCCGCAUGGACCUAGAACGUGAAGGCGUCACAAUCAGCAGCCUGCGCGAAAUUCAAAUCCUCCUAAACUGCCGACACGAGAACAUCGUGCAGCUAAAAGAAGUCGUCGUCGGUAAAAGUCUCGAAAGCAUCUUCCUUGCAAUGGAAUACUGUGAGCAAGAUUUAGCCUCACUGCUUGACAACAUGCAGACACCCUUCACAGAGUCUCAGGUGAAAUGCAUCAUGCUGCAGGUUCUAAGAGGUCUAAGAUAUCUGCAUCAUAGCUUCAUCGUACAUCGCGAUCUGAAAGUCUCGAAUUUAUUGAUGACUGACAAAGGCUGCGUGAAAAUCGCUGAUUUCGGCCUUGCAAGAUGGUUCGGAAUGCCAUUACGACCUAUGACUCCACAUGUCGUCACACUGUGGUAUCGCGCCCCUGAACUUUUGCUACAAGCGCCCACACAGAGUCCAAGCGUAGACAUGUGGGCGGCCGGUUGUAUUCUUGGCGAAUUAUUAGGCCACAAACCAUUACUUCCUGGAAGAUCUGAAAUACAACAGUUGGAAUUGAUUGUUGAUUUGUUGGGAACACCAUCGGAUGCCAUCUGGCCUGGAUUCAGCGCGUUGCCAGCCCUGCAGAAUUAUUCAUUGAAACAGCAGCCGUAUAAUAAUCUGAAGCAAAAAUUCCCGUGGUUGUCAGCUGCUGGGCUGAGGCUGCUUAAUUUCUUGUUUAUGUAUGAUCCAAGAAAGAGGGCGACUGCUGAGGAGUGCUUACAGAGCAGUUAUUUCAAAGAAGCACCACAACCAUGCGACCCGAAAUUGAUGCCGACGUUUCCUCAGCAUCGAAACUUAAAGAACAGCAAGGUGGAAAAGACCGACACCGGCGCCGGCGAUCAGACGAAUAAUCUUCCAGCCAUUUCCGAUUUGUUGGGGUCAUUGGUAAAGAAACGACGUCUUGAUUAAAGUAAAGUAUUGUGAGUUAAUGUCAAUUUUGGUUUGAAAUUUGGACGAAAAUUUAAAGAAAAGAUUGAUAUUUAGGUUUAGUUUCAUUUAUCGUUUGAUAUUUUUGCACUGUGGCAAUAAAUGUGUGUGAGGAAAA